AUGGAAAUAUUUGUAACUGACGUGUCCAGAUUUUGGGGGAUCUUUUGGAUCGAUGGAAGCUCCUACGAGAACGCCAAGCACUCAUAUGCUGAGAUUGGCAAGGUCGGCGGCGUUGAACCCAAUGAGAAAGCAGCGAAGAAUUGGCUUUCGAGUCUCCAACAACCCUGGCUUCUUCUUAUUGACAAUGCUGAUGACCCCGAAGUCGACGUCACUCAGUUUUUCCCGGGAGGAGAGGGAGGUGUGAUUCUCAUCACCACGCGCAACCCUACGAAUAGAAGACAUGGCACGGAAGGCUCUGGGUUUUUUCAUUUCGAGAAUCUCGAGGCCAACGAAGCCAGUGAUCUUUUAUUGGCCGCAGCAGUCUUCCCGCGUCCGUGGGAGGUUGCGACAAGAGAGUACGCACACAAAGCUGCUCAUGUUCUCGGAUAUCUUCCUCUUGCACUUAUUAUUGCCGGAAAAGCUAUCCUCGAGCGAAUUUGCUCCCUGAGUGAAUACCCGGACUACUAUCAACAAUUCUGGGAUGGGAUUCGCCGUUCCAGAAGCAGGAGUCGUGAGAGCGCACAUAAAUCGGACAUGAUUGUCUACUCUUCCUAUGAAAUGAUUUAUUUGGGACUUGAAAACAAGGACGAUUCUGUAUCAAAGGAUGCUUUAGAGCUGCUGAAGAUUUUCUCGUUCUUUCAUUGGGAGAACAUCGAGUUCGACUUCAUCAAGAACGCAGCCUUGAACCCCCGGAGAGAACAAGAGGACCGGCGAGCCAAGCAACGUGCUGAGAAUCUAACUUCCGUUCACAAGAGGCCAAAGACGUGGAAGAUGACAAUUGAAGCGUGGGCGACUUCGAUAAUAGAGCCAUUCACUAGACCAGGUCUUGUGCUCCCUGCUGUCUUACGUGACGAGGAUGACAUGCCUUUCAAUGGAUAUAGGCUGCGCGAUGCAUUAUCUCUGUUGGAGAGGCUUGGGAUGGUCACUUCGCAUGCUGAGAAUGACAGUUAUUGGAUGCAUCCACUCGUGCAUACCUGGGUUCGACAGAGGCCGGAGACAAGCACAGCAGAGCAGGCUCUUUGGUGCCAAGCAGCUGCAACAGUGCUGGCCCAAUCCAUAUUCUUCAAGCCACCAGACGCAUAUACUAUCCAGGAUGACUACCUCAAACGGCAAAUUUACCCACAUGUCGAGAAUGUGCGCAAAUUCCAAGCGGAAUUGAACACACGCUUUGAAGAGAACUUGAGUACCCGUGGUUGGCCUUGGUCAAUGGCGUGGCUCACUCCUCGCGCGAGCUUUGGGAGAUUGCAGGCAAUCGAGUCUGCAAAGUUCAGUCUGGUCUACCUCAAUUGUGGCUAUUGGAGCAAGGCGGAAGAGCUCCAACUUCAAGUGAAGGAUUUCGUGUUCUCGCGCCUAGGCCCAGAGUCCGAGCCUGGUAUCGCGAUCGCUCUAUUGCUAUCCAACGUGUAUGCCAUACAGACAAGGAACAAUGAAGCCAGGGAGCUCCAGUCUCAGGUUCUGGGGUAUGCAAAAAGCUUUUAUGGCCCUCAGCAUCCCACGACGUUGGAUAUUAUGGACACACUCGGGGCUACCUGUAACAUGGGUUCCAGACUGCGUGAAGCCAACCAAUUACAUCAAGAAGUCAUUGACACACUGUCAAAGUUGGAAGGGAUUGGUCCUAACCACGAGAGCACAUGGACUGCGGUGAAAAAUCUUGCCAAAGUCAAGCUUCGCUAUUUGGACGCAGAAGCGGCCAUUGAUCUCCAAUCGCAGGCCUAUGAAGGAUUCUUGAAUCUGUUGGGUCCAAAACAUCCAAAGACACUGGCCGCCCAACUUGAUCUCGCUGACAUUGCUGGAUUCAGAGGCGAGGAGCAUCUAGAGCCAUCCUUAAAGAUGGCUGAAGAGGUCGAGUAUCAAUUUACCAAGACAAUGGGACGAGAACAUCCGUUCACUCUCAUGGCCAAGCUGACCAUGGCAAAAAUCAACAUUGCCAUGAAUCGAUUUGAAGAAGCCGAGGAGCUGUUCCGAGAUGGGCUACCCGCUGCUGAGCGCAAUCUGGGGCCAAACCAUCUCGGAACGUUGACUGGCCACGUCUGGCGUGGACAUUCAUGUUGGCGUCAAGGUCGAUAUUUGGAAGCACAGACGAUAUUCGAGGACGUGAUGAAGAAGCAAAACUGGGAGAGAGCAAAACGUGCAGAUGGGGAGCAUUCGGAUCGAGGUAAGGCCUCCAGGUUUCUGGCUGAUGACUGCUUGAUCUCUCUUCAAAGGGAGAGAAAAAAAAACAAACUAACAUGA